GCCAGGGACCUAAUCAGUUUGGAUAUAAGUUGUCUCCAAACACCAUGGUGACCCCCCACAAGAAGAGCAUGCUAGGAAAUGGGAACUACGAUGUGAACGUCAUUAUGGCGGCACUUCAAACCAAAGGCUAUGAAGCUGUCUGGUGGGACAAGCGCAGGGAUGUCAGUGCCAUUGCUCUCACGAACGUCAUGGGCUUCAUCAUGAAUCUGCCCUCCAGCCUGUGCUGGGGUCCACUGAAGUUGCCUCUCAAAAGGCAGCACUGGAUCUGUGUUCGAGAGGUGGGAGGUGCCUACUACAACCUCGACUCCAAACUGAAGAUGCCCGAGUGGAUUGGAGGCGAGAGCGAGCUCAGGAAAUUUCUCAAACAUCACUUGCGAGGAAAGAACUGUGAACUCCUGCUGGUGGUGCCAGAAGAGGUGGAGGCCCGUCAGAGUUGGAGGGCUGACGUGUAAUGCAGUUCUACCCAACCUUCCCUCCCCUCGGCCCCCCAAGUCCUCUGUCAUGUGUUGUGGCCUAUCCAGCGGGUCUGCCCUUGCCACUCCCCCAAACAUCUCAUUGGGUUUCCCCUCCGAUUUGACAGUGCAAUAGGACAGAUGUGUGGACGGUUACAAGAACCACCACCCAGCGUUACUCAUUCCUGGGACAGGAAGGUAGGAGCUCUGUGUGCUUAGGGCGGAGCUGUGGAAGACCCUUGUUUUCUUUGAGAGAGGAGGAAGAAAGGUGGGUCCGAUCUUACUUUCCCCAUGCCUACGAGGACUUGACAGAGGCUCUGCUGGAGCACACUGCUGCUGUGACUCACCUGGAGAUGCUGCCUCCACUUCCCCUUUCCUGGCAACCAGUGGGUCUGAAGACAUGCACAGCCCAUGUGACUGGCUUGACGGACCCAGAGCAUAACGGCCUCUCAGGAAACCAUCUCCCAAACCCCAGCAGUGGUACAGCAUGCCAUCUCCAACCCUUAAUGCCACCCAUUACCCCCAUUUUGAGGGUGGUUUAUGGCCAUCCUUGGAGUUUUCUAAUGAAACAUUCUCUAGUAUUCCAUGCCGGGUGGUUGACUCCUGCAAUAUUCUAGUGUGCCAGGGUGAGCUAGAUACCUAAGAGGACAUGGCAGAAGGCAGACUGGGGCAGGCACAGAUAGCCUGUCGGCCUCACUCCAUCAUUGUCCCUGCCACUUCACUACAUUGAUUUCAGAGGCUCUGGGGCACAAGACAGGCCAGAGGGCAGUUUUUCCAGUUGACACACUCCGGCAAAAUCAGGAAACAAGUCUGCUUUCGAUAUCAAAUUCCACUAGUUUGAGAAACAGUUGAGUGAGGAAAAGUAUUGUGAAGAUAAGCUACUCAGAGAGUAAGAGCGGCUAGAAUUGGUAGAAGUCCUAGGCUCGGAGUCACUAUAGUGACAAGAAUCAGAACCCUCAAGUAGGGUGUUUACGUGCAUUAUGUUAUAGGACCUGGAUUUGUCAUCUUUAGUUUCCUUUACAAAUCAACGAGAAUUGAUCUACCCCCUACCUCUUUAAAUAGUUGUAGGCCACUUUUCUCCCGUAACUUUGGAAAACAAGAGAAGGAAGGGAAGUAUCCUACCACACUGUCACCAAAGUGGUUGUGGUUGCCUCAAGACAGGUGGAUAGACAGCCUGUCUACCCCUUACAGUUCGGUGGUCUUGGCGGGUCUGAGAGCUGCCCCACUGGCCAGACGUCUCUCCAGCAGCAAAGCCAGCCUGGGGCUUGCAUGUCAAGCCUGAGCAAGCUUAACAGGAUGAAGCUGAGGCUUUCUCCCCACUGUGACUGGAGUGCAUGUUUACACCAGCACUUUUUCUGCACAUGUAUCUUCAAUCCAACAAGGCCGUUUUUUAUGCUGAGUAACAGGCCACCAAGCGGCUACUGCAUCACACCCUCUCAGCAACUGGCUGCAGUCUCUUCUGCACCAUUUUCCACACCAGACCUGCUUGGCACCACAGGGAGCUCUUUACCCCUGCACAAUGACAUUCCAACCACCACCAGCCAGAAGUUACAGCCAACCUGAUUGUCACAAGCAGGACCUUGGGUCCAUGGGCACUGUCAGUGAUAGUAAGCCAUCUCCUGGGAGGACAGGGAACUCCUCUCCACCAGUCUGCUUGGGCCUGUGCAAAUGGCACUUCAGAGGAGUCCCUGUGCACUUGAGUCCAUGAGCCAAUGGGAUAUGCAAAGACGCUUAAACAUUUCAGGGCUGGUUUCUCUGUUCAUAUCCAAUUUUGGUGCUUAGGAACAGGGACCCAUGCUGAUGCCCAAGGGCAAAAAGCCCCACUUCCUUUAAGGAAGGGGGCAGGCCUGACCCUGAUGCCCAAUAAGGGGCAACCCUAGGCUUUUUGUUUUUCUUGCUUUUAUUCCUUUUUUUUGUUGUUGGCCUUGUGCUGGGUUUGUUUACAAAAGAUGUAUUUUGUUUAACCAAAUAUUAAAAAUGGAAAACUCCAUACAUAAAUCUCA